AUGUCCCAAUACCUCCCUGAAAGAGAUUUCGAGUGGGUUAAAGACUUGGACAGUCUUGACAUUAUGACUGUGACAGAGAAUUCAAACACGGGGUAUAUUUUGGAGGUGGAUCUUGAAUACCCCACAGAAUUACAUGACUGUCACAGUGACUAUCCUCUGGCCCCUGAAUCUAUGUUAGUCACUGAUGCUAUGCUUUCUCCUCACUCACAGCAGCUGAGAGAUAAACUUUGUCUUACAGAUCGGCCUGUACGAAAACUAGUUCCAAACCUCAAUGAUAAAGAGAAAUAUGUACUACAUUACAGAAACUUACAAUUCUAUCUCAGACAGGGAAUAAAGUUGACAAAGAUCCAUAGAGCGAUUCAGUUUAGACAGUCUCCAUGGUUAAAGACCUAUAUCGAUUUCAACACGGAAAAAAGAAAGCAGUCCAAAAAUGAGACUGAAAAAGCUUUUUUUAAGUUGAUGAACAACUCCUGUUUUGGUCGAAGCAUGAUGAAUGUAAGAAAACAUGUGAAUGUGGAGCUGGUAAAUUCAAAGAAACGUUUAAAGAAACUCUGUGCUAAACCCACAUUUGAAGGCUUUAAAAUAUUUAACCCUGAUUUGGCUGCAGUUCAUCUUAAGAAAGCCACUAUCGUUCUUAAUCAGCCUAUCUAUGCCGGAUUUUCAAUUCUAGACAUGUCUAAAAUUGUUAUGUAUGAAUUUCACUAUAAUUUCAUGAGAGCAAAGUAUGGUAAUAAAGUCCAGCUUUUAUUCACAGAUACAGAUUCACUGUGUUAUGAGGUAGAAACAGAAGAUAUCUAUUCUGAUUUUCAGAAACAUGCCAACUUGUUUGACACAAGUAACUAUAAUCUCUCUCACCCUCUCUUCUCUACUGUAAAUGCCAAAGUGUUAGGUAAAAUGAAGGAUGAGCUUGGGGGAUCUGUCAUGGAAGAGUUUGUAGGUCUUAGACCGAAAAUGUAUUCGGUUUUGUAUGAGGGGAAAGAGAAAAAAAUAGCUAAAGGUGUUAGUAAAACUGUGAUAAAAAAGGUCCUGAAGCAUACUAUGUAUAAGAAAUGUUUGUUUGAACAUUCCCAACUGAGACAUAGCAUGACUAAUAUUCAGAGUGUGAAUCAUCAGCUGUACAGUGUAGCCACCAACAAGAUAAGUUUAUCUCCCUACGAUGACAAACGCUAUGUCCUUGAAGAUGGAAUCCAUACUUUAGCCCAUGGACACUACCGUACUCAUCCUAGAAUCAUUGAUUAG